AUGGCAGAGCAUCUUCUGCAACGCUUUGCUAACAUGGGAAGUUCCACUACAGCCGGACCGCCUUCUUCAAUGGCGACUCUUAACCAGCGAGUUCAUCAUGAACCCUUUGUCAAAUAUCCGGUGUAUGGUCCCGGUUCCGGGCCGGACGUUUACGAAGAGGACGGAGACUUCUGGCAUGGUGGAAGUAGCCCUGGAUUCUUCCCCGGCGGUCCCCCUGUACCGCCACCCUUUCCAUUUCGAGUUCCCCAUGCCAAGUUCGGCAAGCCCCGCUUCAAAGGAGCAUCGGUGGCGGUAUUAACCUUUAUCGGGUUUUUAUUCUUUCUCAGUGUACUGCAGAAUUAUAUCCGGGACUAUUCAACGAACAACACACCAACGGUCAUCGUUCUCUCAUCCGGAGCUACCAAAGAGAACCAGCAGCAGUAUCCUUUUCUGCAAAAAACCGAUUCGCACCUGAGCGAGGAAGAACCAGAUCAUCAGUACCUGAAUUACAAGAAGACCUCGGCUCACGGCAAACGCCCGAAAAAUCAGAAACGACACUCGCCGUUGGAUGUUGCACCUGAAGUUCCAUCGAAGCAGACGUCGUUUUCCGAUCUGAUCAGUGUCAGUGAUCUGAAGUAGAAGUUAAAUUUAUAUGCAUGUCUGCUUUUCUAGUUCAAAAAUUGGGUUCGUUUUGGCAGAUGAAAUUUAAACGAUUGUUAUAAAUUGACAU